AUGGCAAAAGCCUGGCUCUGAUGAGCCAGCAAAAUCCAUUUUUGGAGAAGUGGACAAAUGCUUCUCAAGUCUUUCAAGUUCCAACGUCUCAUUGUCUGCGAUGGCUCAAGGGCCACAUUUGUACUACAAUUCUUCUUUAUUAGGAACCGCUCUUGCUGAGCUGUGUGGAAAAGCUCUUCUGAUCUUGGUUGGGUAGAGUUUCGAACUUGGAAGUAGACACUUUUACAAUGGCUAACCUGUCUGUCACUGUCAGUUACACCACCACUUUGCUCUUGAGCUUACUCUUUUGUUGCCUAGUAUUACAUGCAGAAGCGCGGAGCUUGCGCGUUGUACAUCUAGCUCACUAUUUUGAACCAGUUACAAUCAAAGACUCCGUUUCAUUAAGGAGCACAGAGUCUCAGCAAUCUGCGCAAGAAUUAGAAGCAGCUCCAUUACGCUUGAAGCAAGUUCUGCGUGGCGGCCAGCUGGGAAGACGCACGCUUUCUUUUGACAAAGGCAGAGCGCGUGAGUUGGAAACUGUUGACGCCGUGUUUACUCGGAUACAAGAAGAAUCUUCAAGACCGGAAGGUGGUGUCAAGGGCAAUGGAGAUAAAGGAAUAGCGCCGGAAAGGGAACGUGACAGAAGCCUUGUGAUUGAGAAUGAGGACGAAGGAAAGCUCGACAUGCCACCCUUCCCUCCUCCGCGAGUUUCUAUCUUUGGAAGAUCCUGGGGAAGGUGGUGCGGCUGAGGGGGGUAAUACCGGCGGUGGAAACGGCGGUUUGGAUGGGGGAAACGGCCUUGUAGGGGGGGGAUGCGGGGGUAGCCGUUUGGGACUGGGGGAUGGCCAAACAGGGGGGGAGGUUCUGGGGGACUUAGAGGGGGGUGGGAACGGCGAAACGGAGGGCUUUUGUGGGGGUGAAGGGGAAGAGCUUCGAACGGGGGACGGGUGGGGCGAACGCGAGGGGGAGGCGGAGGGAAAAGGGAGGGGGACGGGCUAUGAGAAGGGGACGGACUAUGAGAGGCCGCUGGGCUACGAGAGGGGGACAAGCUGUGGGAUGGCGAUGGACUAUGUGCAGGGGACGGGCUAUGGGAGGGCGCCACGCUAUGUGAAGGGGACGGGCUAUGUGAGGGGGACGGACUCUGAGAGGGGGCCAUGCUAUGCGAGGGUGAGGGGCUCCGAGAGGGGGGCGGGCUAUAAGAAGGCGCUGCGCUAUGAGAAGGGGACGGGCUAUGUGAGGGGGACGGACUCUGAGAGGGGGCCAUGCUAUGCGAGGGUGAGGGGCUCCGAGAGGGGGGCGGGCUAUAAGAAGGCGCUGCGCUCUGAGAAGGGGACGGAAUGUGAGAGGGGAACGGGCUAUAAGAGGGCGCCGCGCUAUGAGCGGGACUAUGAGACGGGGAUGGGCUAUGAGAAGGCGAAGGACUUUUUGGAAGGAACGGAGAGGCGGACGGGUAAGCACUUCGGGAGGGGGACGGCUGUGCUGACUUCGAAGGGGACGGUUGUGCUGACGUCGACGGUGAAGGGACGGCUGACGUCGAUGGAGACGGGUGUGCUGACGUCGAAGGAGACGGGACUGCUGACGUAGAAGGUGACGGACUUGCUGACGCGGAUGCUGGUGGACUUCUAGACGGCAAAGGGGAUCGCGAAGGCGACGGGCUUUGAGAUGGCCGUAGAGAUGCUGACGGAGAAGCUGACGUAGACGGUGACGGGCGUGCCGACGUAGAAGGUGACGGACUGGGGCUUCGAGAGGACGACGGAGAAAGCGACCGGCUUGGGGGGGGGCUGUGAGAAGGGGACGGUGACGCCUUUGCUGACGCACUUGGUGACGUACUUGCCGACGGUUUUGGUGAGGCGCUUCUCGAGGGACUCGGCAGAGGACUCGGAGAUUGAGACGGCGAGGGGCUUUUCGCUGGCGGGGGGGUUUGCGAGGGGCUUCCGGAGGGGGA